GGAGACCGACCUGGAUGAAGUUCUUCAGAUCAAUAAUGUAUUCCUUAAUGUUUCUAAAGGACAAGUGGCGCCAAAAGACGAUUUACAAAAAGCAUUUAAGAAUGAAGAUUUAAAUAAGAUAAUUGAAGAGGUGAUGAAAGUG